AUUCUGCCAGUUAUGCCAUGGCUCCUGAGACUUGAGAGAGGGGCGUUACAGAAUUCAAAUCCCAUCCGCCGAACCGUCCAAUCGUCGCGGAUUUGAAAAGACGAAGGUUAUUAGAGCCGCAUUGACUGUUGUUUCAGCAGCAUUCACGCCGCUAGUAUUCGAGCUUUUGACAAGAGGAAUCCUGAACGAUUUUCCAUGAUGGCGGCAAACUCGGACCAGCCUCCUCCCUCUAUCUCUCGCUCCGCAGCUUUCACGGAAAUUCCACUCCCGGUGCCGCCGCUAGCCGUUCUAACUGAAGAUCUCUUCCGCGACCUUACAGACCAAUUCGCGGCUACUAGACUCACCAGCGAACCGAGAGUCAGGGACGGAAGCACUGAUGCGAGGGACGGAUCGAUAGAUGCUGGGGGAAGGAGAGCCAGGGAAGCAAGGGACGGAACCAGUGAUGGCCGAGAUAUGGAGGGAAGGGCAACCCAGGAACCGAAAGGCGUGUCGAGCGGCGAGAGCGAGUCAACGAUCAGUGCAGCGACGGCGGCAAGGCUCGUUUCUGAUUGCAGCCUGGGAUGCUUGCGGGUUCUGUUCCAGUCUCAGCUGGACCGAGCCUUGGCCAUUUUGGACCAUGGCAAUGUGACCAAGCUGAUCGCGCAUCCCAGUGGCAGGAGCGCAUUCCUGGUUCGUGGGAACCCCAGGAGCUCUGCCUUUCACAUUUGUCUGCCACACCACUACUGCCCCUGCCAGUCGUUCUUCUAUGAUGCCGUGUCUCGAAACGAACAGCUCAUGUGCAAGCACUUGCUCGCCACUCGGAUGGCCGAGUCCCUCAAGUGUUACAGUGUUGCUCAUGUCAGCGAUGGCGCCCUGUGCUUGGCCCUGUCUCAAAUGUAACUAUCGUGCUGGCAUGUGAUACUCGGCUGACAGAGCCCCUCAGGUGUUUGGGCGUGUUCCUGCGGCCUCUACCCAGACUCGCCCCUUCCCAAACGCGUGAGCUACUGUACAGAGCAAUUUGACGCGAAUUGAUUCAAUGCAGUUCAGUGCAGUGCACCACGAGUCUCGAAAUGGGGUGGAUGUGGGAAGAGGCUGUAGGAACACGCUCUUACGGUACAACGUUGCGCAUGUCAGCCACUGUGCACUGCGCCUUACGUUUUCCGAAAUGUAACUUUGAUCAUGUCACCAUGUGUAUUGCACUCUGUACAUAUCGAGUACGGUACUGAACUGAAGGCUCUCAACUCAAUGACCCCACCUCCAGCAGCAUUGUUUGAUGCAAGCACUUCUCAGAGUAGCGAGAUGUUUUAGAAAGAUGAGUACUGACUCCAAGUACUGGUUCGUUCGCUUUCUCACCUUUCGUACAGCAGCCGCAGUCGCAACAGUUUCAGCAUCCUUUCUAUAUCUUCGGUCGUUCCCCUACUCAGCAACAACAACAGCAGUAUCAGCAACCACAGCAAGUACAGCAACAGCAACAGCAAUAACAGCAGCAGCAAUAACAACAACAACAACAACAACAACAACAACAACAACAACAACAACAACAACAACAACAACAACAACAACAACAACAACAACAACAACAACAACAACAACAACAGCAGCAGCAGCAACAACAACAACAACAACAACAACAACAACAACAACAACAACAACAACAACAACAACAACAACAACAACAACAACAACAACAACAGUACCUUUUAAUGGUGUUGACUUCUACUCCUGGAGCUUU